GGAGCGGGCGGACACGGGGCCUACGCAGCGCCGCCGCCGCCGCCACCUCCUCCCCUUACUCCCAACUUCGCGUGCUGCGUUUGUCCCCGCGCGGCCGCCGUCGUCGCGUGCUGGUGCGUUGCCAUGGCGGCGGGCGGGUGGCUCUGAUGUGCGCGGGAAGGCGCCCGCCCCCCCUCCACCCCGCCCCGCCAUGGAGGACGAGCUCUACCUCGAGAACAUCGACGAGUUCGUCACCGACCAGAACCGCAUCGUAACAUACAAAUGGCUAAGCUUUACCCUGGGAGUUCACGUCAAUCAGGCUAAACAGAUGCUGUAUGAUUAUGUUGAGAGGAAACGAAAGGAGAAUUCAGGAGCUCAGCUUCAUGUCACCUACUUAGUAGCAGGAGACCUCAUCCAGAAUGGACACGUUUGCCACAAGGUUGCAGUAGUGAGAGAGGAUAAACUUGAAGCAAUGAAGUCUAAACUAGCCACGAUUGCAAGUGUGCAUGUCUACAGCAUUCAGAAAGCCUUGCUCAAGGACAGUGGGCCACUCUACAACACAGACUAUGAUAUUGUCAAAACAAACCUGCACAACUGCAGCAAGUUUAGUGCCAUUCAGUGUGCUGCAGCAGUCCCCAGGGUGGCAGCUGAAGCUUCUCAAGCACGGACGUCUGUGCAGGCUGGUUCCCAGCCACCAAGUGACACGAAUGCAGUCAGCGUACCUGUGGUCAACGGCCACGGUCCAUCGACCACUAAACAGACCUCGCAGCAGCCCAAAGGGAUCAUGGGAAUGUUUGCAGCAAAAGCAGCUUCCAAAUCCCAGGACACAAAUAAAGAAACUAAAGCAGAGGCUAAGGAGCCCCCAGGUGUGUCUGCAGUAAGCAGCAAACCACCAGUAAAGAGCAACAUAAUGAACAACUUCUUUGGAAAAGCUGCCAUGAAUAAACUCAAAGUCAACACUGUGUCUGAGCAGCCAAAGGAGGAGAAAGAAGUAGUCAAGCCUUCAGUUCCUGUAGCAGAACCAGAGUCAUCACCUAAUACCAUAGUAGAGAAACCUGGGAAGAAAACGGAGUCUGCUAGAAUUCAACAAAAGGACAAAAAAAGUAAAACGAAGAAAGUGGACAAGUCAGAUAAUGAGGAAGAAAGAGAUUCUGAAAAUAAAAAGAAAAUGAAGAGGAAGCGAAUCAAACAACUGCAGUCUGACAGCAGUGACGAGGAAGAUGUCCCACUGCCUUCCACACCUGAGGAGGAGAAAGCUCUGUCUCCUGCACCUGCUCUGAAAACCGAACUAGAGCCUGCAUCCACAGAGGUUUCAGCUGGAGGAAGGAAGAGGAAACGGAAGCGUGUGCUGAAAUCCAAGAUGUUCAUAGAUGAAGAAGAAGGCUGCAUGGUGACUGAGAAGGUUUAUGAGAGUGAAUCCUGUACAGAUAGUGAUGAUGACUUUGCCAAGUCCAAGCCACCAGCUCCACAGAAGCAGCCUGUGCCACCUAUGAAGAAAGAACCAAAGGAAGAAAAGAAGAACCUGAAGAAAGGGGCAGCUACUGGCAACAGAGCCAACAAACAGGCCUCCAUCAUGGGUUUUUUUCAGAAGAAAUGAACUGGGUCUUUCUCCUGGUCCUAUUGGCAGCUUGGGAGUGUUGCUCUCGAUGUGUGGCUUUCUGAAAGCUGCUGCAGUGGAGAACACCACGCAAUCUUCAGUUAUGUAAGAUAUCUUGCUUACUGUGUAAGUAAGCCCUCUGGACUAGAUUUUGUAUUGGAGAAAAGUUUUAUUUGUUACCACAAUACUUUCAAUCGUCUUUACUGAGCAGUGUGGGAAUCAGCAGCUGGAAGCAAAAUGUAGAAGAACCCUUGAAAGACUGUUAAUCUGCUCACAUGAAAUUGUAUUUUUUUAAUGUGUUCUAUCACCUGUUCAAUGCUGAAAACCUGUUUCACACAUGAUAGAUGGACUGAAAUGGGAGCCAAAUUGUGGUAUUAUUUUCUAUUCCCCUCUCUUUUUACACCCCCAGCUCUCCAGACUGAUUUAAAUGUUCACAUAGGUUAGAAGCUGUGAUAUAGCAGGUCUUCAUGCAAAUACUGAAGAUCUGCUUCAGCUUUAACUGAACGAAAUGAGCUUAAUUUUCCUUUUAAGAAUGGUAAAUAGUUUUUGCUCUGCCUUUUAUAAAUUUUUUUUUGGACAAAGCAGUGCGUAUAAAAUUCUCUUACUCUUUUCUUCCUUGAACAUAUCCUCUGUAAAUUGCUCAGAUGCCUAAUUAUAGACUGGGACACUGUUGAUGCUCUAUCUUUGCAAAAACAUCUUUGAGGCUUCCCACACAAUUGGCUCUAUUGUAACUGGGGGAAGGCUUCGCUCUUAUUGGGAAAGCGAUUGUAUCUUUAACCUUGAAAGUUAAUGAGUCAGAGGGGAGAGUGUUUAGAGGGCACUUCUGAUAACACCAGUCCAGGUACCUGCUGUCGUCUGAAGAAUCGCACACUGCUGUUUGGUUUUAUUGGUCUUGGUUUGUUUCAAGGAUUUUUACAGGCAUAAACCAGACACCCAAAGUUUUGUAGGACAUCUCGUCAUCUGCCUGCUGAAGGAAGUUUGUCACAGCAAGUGGUGCUGAGGAACCAGUUAUUGGAGAUGAAUAAAGCACUGAAGUCCUGUUAAUCGGGAAUGAGUUGCUGUUUUGGAUGACUUCUUUUUUUUCUAGUGCUAAAUUCAAUAGGUACAUGUAAGAGGCCAGGUUUUUCAGAGGAAGGUUGCUGAGCAUUUCUGAAGCUUGGCCUGGUGGAAGCUCCCAAAUGGGCAACUGAUGUCAUCAGAGGUUGGUUUUGAGUGGUGUUAGGCCCACGUACUUACAGAUAUGUAUGUACAUAUUGGCACAGAAAGUAUUUGUGUUUAGCGGAAUGGUAGAUAAAGUCUAAAGAGUGUGAACCAAGGAAGAAGUGUUUUCAGGGACCCAGCUGAAAGUAUUUCAAUGGCGGCCAGUAAAAAGGCCAACUGUGCGUAUUUACAUGAUUUUUCUGAGCAGGAGAUCAGGCUGGGGACUCAAGUUUUGAACAUACACCUAAUAGUGACCAACAGUUGAUUUGAUUGAAGUCACAUCACCUGAGGGAGCCUGCACCCUUAGCAGAUGUGAGAGGAUCUACUUGAAACCUGCGCUGUUUCUGGAUUUGUGCCCAUGCUUGUGUCCUGUCUGGGUGGGUUCAGCUGUGUGGAUUGCUGCUCUCGGUGGUAUUCAAGGGUGACCUCAUAGCUCAGCACCCUCCCCGUGUGGCUCCUCAGAAGUGUCAGAAACUUAAACUCUGGGCUUUCUGAAUUAGAGACCUUUAGGGAAAAGAAAGAGAGCUUUGUUCUGACCUUUGUGAAGAAAAUGUAACUGUUCAAAAAAAUACACUGCUGUAGCAUUUAUGUUUUCUUGGUGGAAUUGGGGGUGCUUUCUGAAAAGUAAUUGUAAGUAACACAACCCAUUAAAUACAUAUUUUUCUUUUG